AUUCAGUGCAACACCAUCGCAAGCUUCCAAGCAUGUCGAUACCUAACGAUGCUCUUCAGAAGGUUUUGCAGGAGAUUGGCCAGAAGAAGGCCUUUGCUGAGCAGCAGCUCGUCGUCGUGAGACAACAGAAGGCCGCCAAAACCCGCGAAGCUCGCAUGUUGCAGUUGACCGCCAGCGAAGUUACGUCCCUUCCCAAGGAUACGAACGUGUACGAGGGCGUGGGCAAGAUGUUCAUUGGCACUCCCAUUUCCGAUGUGCAAAAGAGACUGAGCGCAGAGAGCGAGCAGCUCCAAGCAGAUCUGUCGAAUCUGAACAAGAAGGAAGAUUAUUUGGAGAAGACGUUUCAGAACAGCAAGGACAGCAUCGAGCAAGUCCUUCGAGGCGCUGGAGCGUGAGCUAGGCAGGAUCGACUCUCGUUUACCAGCACUCGCAAGAAAGAGAAAUUGGCUUGAAUUCGGCAUCUCUGGCCACCGUCGGCUGGAAGCCAAAAGAGAAGCAAGCGCUCAGAGCGGGGCAUUGGUAUCGCAAUCCUCAAAGUUCAUCAGAUGCCCAGUCACCAUCCAAACCGUGGAUGGAACCCUGGCCCGCUUUGCUUCCGGCGUAAUCGAACAGCGCAACUGUUCGGUCAUUAUUAUGAAUGGAGAUUGUUAUAUAGUGCAGAUCAACAGGCAUUGCACACGAGAGAGACAUGGUUGAUUCCGAGU